CGGAUCGUGCGGCACAUUUGUUUGCUACUUUUGUUCUGACACUAGGCAAAAUACGACGGCGCUGGUGAAUUUCGUUGGGUUUUUUUUUUGCGCGAUUGGCCAAUACGAGACAAUUUUGUGGAACGCUUCUGUUCUAAACUUUACCAUCUGCAGCUGCACCAACAUCCGAAAUAAGGUCAAUCAGGCAAAAUGGUAGACGGAGAUACUGCGAAAAAGGUUCAAGAAUACAAGGAUACUUUGAUCAAAAAAGCUGAAGAACUGAUCAUCAAAGGUUUUCCCGAGAAGAUUGUAAAGCUGAAUGAUUUGCUGUCUACUCCUCAAUUUGCAGAGAGGAACUUCUCUGAUGUAUAUCAGGACCUCAACAUUCCAGUGCCGGACCCGAUCGAGAUCAAUAGUAACGAGGAUGAAAAGCAAGAUUCCGAGGAGCCUGGUGCGAAGCGCGCACGUUUGGAUCUGUCCACGGUUAGCGGAACAAAGGUGAUGGCGCUUCCCAGUGGACGUGUCGAAUGCAACACACCCAUUUGCGAUCUGAUCAAAGUGGUCAAGCCUGUUAUCAGGGCAUUGGUCGAGGAUUCCAACCUACUGAAGAUGUGGAUCUCUUUCAUGAUCCCUAAAAUUGAGGACGGUAACAACUUUGGCGUCUCGAUUCAGGAAGACACCCUGGCAGAGAUCCAAUCGGUCGAAACGGAAGCUGCCGCAUUCUUCGAUCAAAUCUCGAGAUACUUCGUAUCGCGAGCGAAGGUCGUUUCUAAAGUAGCCAAGUAUCCACAUAUUGAUGAUUAUCGUCGUGCUGUCCAGGAACUGGAUGAAAAAGAAUUUUUAAGUUUAUGGUUAGUGCUGAGUGAGGUAAGAAAUCGUUACUGCUCACUGCACGACAUCGUCAUUAAGAACAUGGAAAAGUUAAAAAAACCACGAUCAUCCAACGCUGAAAGUCUUUACUAAACUCUAGAGGAUGCUGUUGCUGUUAUAGUUCCGAAAGCCGCAAAUCCACAAUAUCUCGUUUAAUCAACAAAUGCUGGCUCGAGGAUGAAAACAGCCUAAAAUUGUCAAUAAGUUGGGGUGCGUGUUUAGCUAUUUCCAUACACCACCUAUGUUGAGAACGUUGUCAAUAAGUCCUGCAAAACUGUAAGGUUACCUACACAAAUCGACUAUUUUUCUUGUGGAAUGUUACUUCUGUUUUGCGAAAUUUGCCACGAUCAAAUCUGAAACAGGAUUGAACACAUAAUAUGUAGCGCCGGAUAAUAAUUUGUAAUUCGAUCUUACUGUCAAUAGUUUUUUAACUCAAAGUUGUACCUUAUUUCCAGACAAUGGUAUCAAAUAUACAUUUUUACAUAGGUAUCAACUACA